AUGCGUACAUUUGUUUGCCUUGCCCUGGCGACCAUCCUUCUGGUCGCCGGCUCUUCAGCAGCUACAUUUGAUCCUGCGGCCCAGCUCCUGGCUGUGGAUGCAGGUGUCCAGGCUCCACAGGCCGCUCGGCCAGUUCGUCAAUUCGGCGGAGGAUUUGGAGGAAGGCCAGGAGGAGGCGGUUUCGGAGGAGGGCCAGGGCAGGCGGCUUUGGAGGAGGCGGCUUUGGAGGAGGCGGCUUUGGUUUUGGAGGUAAUAGAGGCGGUGGAUUUGGAGGGUCCAGGAGGCGGUUUUGGAGGUCCAGGAGGCGGUUUUGGAGGUCCUGGAGGCGGCUUUGGAGGAGGUCCUGGAGGCUUUGGCUUCGGACGCUAA